AUGGUCAGCUUUAACUCUAUGACAAUUGGGACUGAUGUGGUCGCCAAGUUCAAUGAUCGAGUAGAAGGACGAACAUUCUUGAUCACAGGCACUAGCCCGGCAGGCAUCGGUGCAGAAACAGCUUAUUGCCUUGGUAAAGCUCAUCCACGACUGUUGAUUCUGGCUGGUCGGUCGCCGUCACGAAUCCAGCCGGUCCUAGACAAGCUGAGAGCCGAGGGUGUAAACGCAGAAGUCCUCCUACUGGAUCUGAGCAGUCAGAAAUCGAUCAGAGCAUUCGUUGAAACAGUGAGACAGGAAAACAUCAGGAUCGAUGUUCUCAUCAACAAUGCGGCGAUUAUGGCGUGCCCCUACGGGUUGACAGAAGAUGGGAUCGAGACCCAGUUCGCAACUAAUUUUCUCGGUCCAUUCUUACUUACCAAUCUGCUAUUACAGGCGGAUCUUAUUGUCGAGAGAAUCGUCAAUGUCAGUAGCUCCGCCUCGGUACGCUCGCCUCACUAUCUUUUGGCUCCUUUAGACGACUUGACGUACAGCCACGGGCAGUCGUACGACCCUAUACAAGCAUAUGGAGUCUCCAAGCUUGCGUUGGUCCUGUAUACCCGAGCUCUCGCGGCCAAGGUUGCGUCAAGGGGCAUCACUACCUUCUCCUUGAACCCAGGCAGCGUCAUCUCUCCUUUGCAGCAAAACGUAACGGAGGAGAUGCGGCAGAAAGCAUUCAAGGCAGCAUUGAAAGAAGACCCCAACUUCACGCCACCCGUCCGAAAAACCCUCCAACAGGGAUGCGCGACGCAAUUGAGGGCAGGCUUGGACCCUCAUCUAAGGGAUCAGUCGGGGGCCUAUCUUGAUGACUGUCAGGUCGUGGAACUCAAACAGCAUCAAGGUUCAUUCCAUGCCAGAGGCAAGCUCUGGACUAUUGGUGAGCAUUUGGUAGGCGAGUCUUUCGACAUCUGA